AAUGCCGGAUGCGUUCGGUACUUCGAAACCCUAGCAAUCAACUGAUCUCUGCUCUCUGCUCUCUGCUCUCUGGAUCUUCCGUUUGAACUGCGGCAAGCUAUUCAGCGUUGAAAUCAUACAUCUUUCAAUCUUUGUUCUUUGAGACUUCAACCGAAGCGGUUGUAUCCUCGUUGAGAAUAAGAAUCUAUCAAUUCUAUCCUACCCAUAUCACCCCUCCUACAUUCUUCAGCCCGACUCUUCACCUGUCGACGCUCCUCUCACUUUGCUUCUUCGAUAGAAUGGAGUCGGGAUCAAAAGGCGAAGAGGCUCUUGCUUACAGCAACGCCGUCACCAAGAGAGCUCGCCUGCAGUCGAUGCUCUCAGCUCUACUCGAUGAUCCAAUUUUGGCUGACGUUCCGAAGAAACCCACGGUUACAGAUGUCGAAACUUUAAUCAACUUGGAGCUUGGCAGUGCUAUGAAAUUAACUGUUGUUAAGAUGGACAACACCCAUUUUGAUAUUGCAGUUCUAAAUUCAUCCACUGUUAAGGACUUGAAAAUGGCUGUUGAAAGGAAAACGAAUGAGAUCGAGCAAGGACAAAUGGGUCACAGGCAUAUAUCAUGGAGGCAUGUCUGGGCUAACUAUUGCCUAUGUCAUCAUAAUGAGAAGCUUCUUGAUGACGCCUCUUUACUUUCUAACUAUGGCCUUCGAAACAAUUCCAAGGUUCAUUUUUUUCCUUUUGUGACUUCUAAGCUAUCUCAGAAGCAUUCCCGAAGAAGGAAGCAUCGAUUCUUCCAUGGUCUUAGCAAGAGAUCUUGACAAGGUGGUCAAAGGACUCUAAUUGUUUCUAGAACAAGCCGUCCUGUUAGUAGAUUUUUUUUCACAAGCCGAAAUUUGAAACCAGAAAUCAUUGGCCUUCAAUAUUAUCUUCCAGAGCUAAACCAAUCGAUCAUCCACUUGAUGCAGCUUAAGUUUGUUGAAUGCAACUUUUCAUCUUGACGUCUGCAACUUUCUGGAAGAUCUUUUGAUUUUGAUUCCUACUUAUUUGCACUGUAAUGUUCCGAUUUAACCUCAGAAUAAGAUCAACUCAAAGCUAUUCGACUAUGAUCUCGUUUGAAUCAGGUUUGGCUUGUUUUUUUUCUUAUUUAUGUUCAUUCUGCGUCAAAAGUUGGUUUUUCAGUUUGUUUAUUUCCAUCUGAAUUCAAUCUUAGUCAAUAAUCUGAUUACCAAGUGAUCUUCACUCAAAAUCAGAGUUCUCGCUGUUGAUGCUAGUGACUUGUGACUAGUCAAAAUUCAGCUGAAAUAGUAUUUCUGAGUAUGAUCUGUUUGUAAAAGUAAUAUCUUAUAUACUUUGCUGUUUGCAAGA